AUGUUCGCCAAUAUAUUUAUUUUUCUGAUUUUUGAAGUUUUCGAAGUUGCAAAUGGUGUGAAAUGCUAUAGUUGCGCAUCAACGAAUAUGAAAUCAGUAGGUUGAUUUUCAGAGGCAAGAAUUGAACAAAGUUGCGUUUUCAGAACUUUAUAGAAAAACAGCGAGGUCCUCCGAACAGAAUUUCUAAUCCUCUUGUUUUUGAUGAUAACUGUAAUGCUGACACGUGGAUUAUUAAAGUUAGUAUUUUUCGGAAUCUCUUGAAUUCUUCAAUCAAAAAAAAUAUUUCAGGACAGAAGUAGUGACGACUGUGGUCAAGGUGGAUUUUGUUUCAAAUGGCAGCAACAACUUAACAAUUCUGGAACUUAUUCCACAAUGACAUUUCGAGGAUGUUUCAAUAAAUUAUACAACUUGAAUGAUCCAAACACUUUUAUUCCUCCAAAUCAUACAUAUUGUACUGAAGCUAGUGUUAGUUUUUCGAAAUUAAACUCAAUACCAAAAAAUAUAGAAAAUUAAAAAAGUCAAAACUAGUGUCAAAAACAAUAGAAUUUUCCACAUAUGGCCACAAACAAAUAAUUAAGAAAUAUACUUUUCAGGCUCCACUAGCUUGCUUAUCGGAUGCUUAUAUCACUGAACAUUCAUGUUGGUGUCAAAACGAUUAUUGUAACACAUCCAACAAUCUACUUACUUUAUAUUUACCCUCUAUUGUUAUCUUUGUUAUUUUUAUCACAAAUAAAACUUUGUAA